UACCCUAAACAGUACAUAUUCUUCACUUUAAUACAUCUCUGCCUCCUUUUUCCCUACAACAUGGCGCCUCGACGGGGAGGGCAGCCCUUUCGCCGGGUUGGCAAGCAGGGUAACACAUCCUAUGGCCCACGGAAGUCGAAAACAGUGGACGGCUCUACAUUACGCAGUACAGAAGCCACAUCACAAAAUGAGAAACUCGAAGCCGUACGACUCGCGAACCGUAUUGAUGAAUCCAUGGGCUUUCCCCGCUACGAUUCCGGCAAGAAGAAGGUGGGAUGGUUAUGCAACAUGCACUCCACCACAGUCGAAGACGAGAAUGUCCCAGGGGGCAAGGCCGGUGUCGACUAUUACUUCAUUGGCGACGAUGGCGACACAUUCAAAGCUACACUCGAAUACGACCCGUAUUUCCUACUUGCUGUGAAGAAAGGCCACGAGCCGGAGGUGGAAGAAUACUGCAGAAGAGGCUUUGAAGGUCUAGUCAAGUCGAUGAAGAGAGUCGAGAAGGAAGAUUUGAGCAUGCCGAAUCAUCUUACGGGGUAUAGGAGGACCUUUCUGAUGCUCAGCUUUGCGAAUGUGAACGACCUGCUUGCCGUGAGAAAGGUACUGGCGCCCGUGGUGGAGAAGAACAAGAAGAAUGUUAAUGCAAUGGAUACAUACGUGGAGGUGGCUAGUACGAAUGCCGAUUUCGAUAUCUUUAAUGACGAUUAUGAACACGAGAAACGAUACACAGCGACGAUUGAUGCUAGCGAUUUUGUUCUUGAUAUCCGGGAAUACGAUGUUCCCUACCAUGUACGAGUAGCUAUCGACAAAGAUGUACGGAUUGGAAAAUGGUACACUGUCGAGGCAAAGCACGGAGUCGUCUCUAUGACAUGCAUAGAAGACCGACUCAAACCCGCGGAUCCUGUUGUUAUGGCAUACGAUAUUGAGACGACAAAGCUUCCGUUGAAGUUUCCCGACCCUGUCAUUGAUCAAAUUAUGAUGAUAUCGUACAUGAUCGAUGGCCAAGGAUUUCUCAUCACCAAUCGCGAAAUUGUGUCGGAAGAUAUCGCCGAUUUCGACUACACGCCCAAACCCGAGUAUCAGGGUCCCUUCAUGAUUUUCAAUGAACCAGACGAGAAAGCGGUGAUUGAAAGGUUCUUUGAACACAUAAAAGAGGCGAAGCCUACUGUCAUUGUCACUUACAACGGUGACUUUUUCGAUUGGCCUUUUGUUGAAGCGAGAUCGAGCGUGUUGGGCAUCGACAUGUAUCAAGAGAUCGGGUUCCGCAAAAACAGUGAAGAUGUAUACCACUCUGAUCACUGUGCCCACAUGGACGCUUUCGCAUGGGUCUCUCGAGACAGUUACCUCCCUCAAGGAAGUCGUGGUCUCAAAGCAGUGACAGUCGCGAAAUUAGGGUACGAUCCGGAUGAGCUAGAUCCCGAAUUGAUGACUCCGUAUGCGAGCGAACGACCCCAGGUGUUGGCUGAAUAUUCCGUCUCCGAUGCUGUGGCCACGUACUACCUAUACAUGAAAUACGUGCAUCCAUUUAUCUUCGCUUUGUGUACAAUCUUGCCACUAGGACCGGACGACACACUACGAAAGGGUACAGGUACUCUCUGCGAGAUGUUGCUCAUGGUUCAAGCAUAUCAAAAAGGUAUUGUGCUUCCAAACAAACACCAGGCACCAAAGGAGGCCUUCUGGGAUGGUCACUUGCUAGAGUCCGAAACGUACGUUGGUGGUCACGUUGAAAGUAUCGAAGCUGGCGUCUUCAGAAGUGACAUUCCGUACAACUUUGCAGUGGACCCCGCCGCAAUCGACGAGUUGCUGGGUGACCUUGACGCAGCGCUACAGUUCAGUAUUGUGGUAGAAGAGAAAAAGAAGCUCGAGGAUGUUACCAACUACGAGGAGGUCAAGGCACAGAUCACAGAGAAAUUGAUGGACCUGAAAACGACACCAAACAGAAGCGAACAGCCACUAAUAUACCAUUUGGACGUCGCUUCUAUGUAUCCCAAUAUUAUGACCACGAACCGACUACAGCCUGACUCUAUGAUUAAGGAAUCGGACUGCGCUGCUUGCGAUUUCAAUCGUCCGGGAAAGACUUGCGAUCGGAGAAUGCCUUGGUCAUGGAGAGGAGAGUUCUUGCCUGCGAAACGAGACGAAUACAACAUGGUUCGAAACGCGUUGGAAAAUGAGAGGUUUCCGGGCAAGUACCCUAAUUCGCCUUCACGGACGUUUCAAGAAUUAUCUCCGGACGAACAAGCCAAUCUUGUAAAAAAGCGAUUACAAGAAUUCAGCAAAAAGAUCUACCACAAGAUUCACGAAUCGAAAACCACUGAGCGGGAGGCUAUCAUCUGCCAACGUGAAAACCCAUUCUACAUCAACACUGUCCGUGACUUCCGUGACCGACGCUACGACUACAAGGGGAAACAAAAAGUCUGGAAGGGCAAAACUGACUCGUUGAAGUCUGCUGGCGCACCUGCCCACGAAGUCGAAGACGCCAAGAAGAUGAUCGUCCUGUACGAUUCUAUGCAGUUGGCUCACAAAGUUAUCCUGAACAGUUUCUACGGCUACGUCAUGAGAAAAGGUUCCCGAUGGUACUCUUUAGAAAUGGCUGGUGUGACUUGCUUGACAGGCGCCAGAAUUAUCCAGGUCGCACGACAGUUGGUGGAGAGAAUUGGACGGCCUCUCGAGCUUGAUACCGAUGGUAUCUGGUGCAUGUUACCCGCCACAUUCCCGGAAAACUUUGCGUUCAAGCUGAACAAUGGCAAAAAGAUGCCCAUCUCGUAUCCUUGUGUCAUGUUGAACCACUUGGUACAUGCCAAAUUCACCAACCACCAGUACGAAACGCUUGUCGACCCCGAAACUUUCCGUUACGAAAAACACAGUGAUAACUCCAUCUUCUUCGAAGUCGACGGACCGUACAAAGCCAUGAUUUUGCCCACUUCUAAGGAAGAGGAUAAGAAUUUGAAAAAGCGAUAUGCUGUUUUCAAUCACGAUGGAAGUUUGGCCGAACUCAAAGGUUUUGAGGUCAAACGUCGUGGUGAGCUGAAACUUAUCAAGAACUUUCAGUCUCAGAUCUUCAAGUUCUUCUUGGAAGGCACCACGCUUACGGAAACGUACGGGGCAGUUGCUUCGGUAGCUAAUCGAUGGCUCGACAUCCUUGAUACACGAGGUGCGACUCUUGCAGAUGAAGAGCUAAUGGAUCUCAUUGUUGAAAAUAAGAACAUGAGCAAAACUUUGGAGGAGUACGGUAGCCAAAAGUCGACUUCUAUCACGACAGCUAAGCGACUCGCCGAGUUUCUGGGGGAGCAGAUGGUCAAGGAUAAGGGUCUGAACUGCAAAUACAUCAUCUCAGCAAGACCGAGGAACGCACCUGUCACUGAGCGCGCCGUGCCUGUUGCCAUCUUCUCUUCCGAAGACACUGUCAAGCGCUACUUCUUGAGAAAAUGGUUGAAAGAGGACCCAGGUGAUAUGGACCCUCGCAGCAUUCUUGAUUGGGACUACUACCGCGAGCGUCUAGCAUCUGUCAUUCAGAAACUGAUCACAAUCCCUGCUGCGCUACAAAAGAUACUGAACCCUUGCCCUCGAGUGCCCCAUCCGGAAUGGUUGGACAGACGGAUACGACAAAAGGAUGACAAGUUCCAGCAAAAGAAGAUGACUGACAUGUUUGAUAAAGCUCUGACAGUCGCAGACACAAACGUGCUGGGUAACAGAGUAGCCGCAGUUGAUCUUGAGGAUUUUGGAUCGGCAAAGACACCAGCCCUAUCUCAAAUGAAGAGAGGUGCUGUCACUAAGAUGGUCACAAAACGGAAAGAACCUGAACCUGCAGUACCUGUGCAGUCCGAUCCGUAUCACGCUUUACCGAAAGUCAUGCCUUCAAUCACGGAAGACUACUCAGGCUGGCUCAUGUAUCAGAAACAAAAGUGGAAAAUACAGAGACAAAAUCGACAACGUCGCCGGCAUCUGUACGGAGACAAACAAGUUGACGCUUCCGAUUCGAUCGCCGCUCAGUUUCGCAGACAGAACGAGCUUCUGUAUACGGGUGCCUGGCAGUUGGUCCAACUGCGUCCCUUGGAGACCCCAGGAAUGGUUCAGGCAUUUGUCUUGAUUGACAAGAAGAUCCACACUCUAAGAAUUAUUGUACCGCGGCAGUUGUACUUGAACCUAAGAAGUGAUGAUUUGCCUGACGUAUCUCUUAACGGCUGCGAUGUUGAAAAGGUCAUCAAUCACACCUUGCCUAAUGGACAUCCUUCCAUACACCUCUUCAAAUUGCAGAUGUCGGAGCAAGCAUAUGUCGAUGAAUCUAAGAAGCUUGCGACGCUUUUCAAUCAUCCCAGUGUCGAAGGUGUCUACGAGAAGCAGAUGCCGCUCAGUACCCGAGCGAUCCUCGAACUUGGCAGUAUAUGUACGUUCGACGACUCACAGAAGGGCGCUUUAGGCAAAGGCCUUGAUCAGGGUUUCCAGCUCUCUACACUUCGAAAGAUGAUAUCAACAACGCCAUACCUUUCGGACACAUCCAUGAGCUAUAUAUACCUUUAUCACGUCAGUAGCGGAGACCGCGACAUAUAUGCUCUGCUUUCGACUUGGAAUAACGAAGGCCUGAUAAUCACUCAAAAGGACAGAGAAGAUGCCGAUGCGAUAAGCAAAGUCGACCGCAUGUACACGAAUGCCCUCCAGAGGCGACUGGAAGAAAACGGUGGUGAGCCAUGGCAAACAUGUGUGGAGUACCCUACCGAGAUGCAAUUCAAAUACGUCUGGCGGAAGAAUAGGCAGUUGGCUUUGACGCGAAUCGACAAGGAAAUUCGAAGGCUGAAGGAAGAGUGCACGGGUCCAUUGGUUGUGGCUAUUCAGGCCACGAACCACGCCAUGCUGUCCCACGAUAUUCACGUACUACGAGAUCUACCGAUCAUCACUCUACAGGCUGAUGAGUCCGACAAACAGACUUUGACACAGAUGCGAUGGCAAGCCAAUAUCUCCAAACGCAUAGUUAACCAUUACCUCGACCUUGGAUCCUGGAUCACGCACCUUACGGAACUGGCUCGCUACGGAGAUAUCCCCUUGUGUAAUCUGGAGAGUAACGAUCCUCAAUUCCUCAUCGAUGUCACCUAUGCAAGACGUCUGCAGAAAGAGAGGGUGAUUUUGUGGUGGUCUGCACGACCCAAGCCGGACCAUGCAGGGCACGAAAAGGACGACAUUCUCGGCCCGCUCGAGACUGUUGAGAUGCCGUCUAUCAACAAUCCCGGUACUUAUUCAUCUGUUUGUAUCGACAUCAAUCUUCGACAUCUGGCCAUUAACACGAUUCUCUCAUCCUCUCUGAUUAAUAAUCUGGAAGGAUCAGAGUCUUUCUCCUUCAACCCCGCGGCUCCCUCUUUCACCGCUGCCAACGACGGCACGAACGUUAUAUACUCCGACAACGCGUUCGCCACUGCAGGCAUCACCGUUCUACGUGAGAUGGUGAAGGCAUGGUGGAGCGAAGCCGCAAAAGGUGACUACAUGGCUGAUGUAAUGGUUCAGCAUCUCGUCCGUUGGGUUAGCAGCCCCGGCAGUUUCCUUUAUGACCGCGCGUUACAUUACUACGUGCAAAUGAUGUCUAAGAAGGCCCUGCAGCAGCUCAUGUCUGAUUUCAAACGCGUGGGCUCAAACAUCGUAUUUGCCUCCCCGUCUCGCCUCCUACUGCAAACUACCAAAGCCGAAGUCGGAAACGCUUACGCAUAUGCGGAGUACAUUCUGAAGACCAUUCAGGCGAAGCCGUUGUUCAACUUCUUAGAACUUGAGAUCAAGGAAUACUGGGACUACCUCGUAUGGUACGAUGAAUUCAACUACGGCGGAAAGGGGUGCGAGAAAGUUGUCGAAGAAGAGAAUCAAACGCUGGAGAACAUCAUGCAUUGGCAGCUCGCAUCAUUCCUUCCUGAGAGGCUGCAACCCACGUUCAACUCGUGGGUCGUCGAGUUUAUCGAAGUGAUGCAGGCGCGAAAGCGUCCACCCCUAGGUCCAGACGGGAGUGUUGCACGAGCAACACAAAUUCCACUCCGACCCCUAACUGUCGAUCCUAACGAAGCCACCCAAAUCCUCCCCAAGACUUUCACCAAACCUCUUUUCAAGCAAGUUUCAGCACAUCUCCGCCAACAUCAUCAAGAGAAAACCAGCGAUCUCUUCGCCGCGGAUUGGGACUUCCCCAAACUCCCCGGAAGCCAUCUCAACCUACGAAAUCCUGUGCUUCAACUCGUGAAGAGCCUGAUGCAGGUUCUCAGUCUGGAUCGCGCCAUCACGCUCGAAGUGCGUCUGCUACGCAAGGAACUAUUAAAUCUCUUCGAAAUCCGCGAAUUUAGCGCUGAAGCUGGAUUCCACAACCCCAGCGCCUCACUCAUACUACGCAGCCUCAUUUGCGACGAGUGUGCCGCAUCCCGCGACGUCGAUCUCUGUCGCGACGCCACACUCCUUCCCCCAACAGCCCCAGACCAGGCUGCCGCAGCGCCCGUCAAGCUCAACUACAAGUGCGAAGUCUGUCAAGCUUCAUUCCCGCAGAAUGCCAUCGAAGAACGUCUCGUGGCUGACGUGCAGAAGCUUGUCCUCAAGUGGAGCGUGCAGGAUCUCAAGUGUGCCAAGUGUAGCCGUUUGCGAAGCAAUGAGUUCAUGGAGCACUGCACGUGUGCGGGUGAGUGGGUGUGCACCAAGGAUCGGAAGGAGGUGCAUAGGAAGUUGGGAGUUUAUGGGGGGAUCGCUGGGUUUUUCGGCUUGCAUAUGCUGGGAGGUGUUGUGGGCGAGUGUUUGGAGGGAUUUUAA